AUGGAGAAUGAGAAUAAUGAUUCUAAUCAGUUGAUCUCUGAUAUACCGACUGUUAUUUUUGAGGCUAGGCUGCGAACUUUUAUUGAGGAUGAUUUGAAGUGUACAGACUUGAAACAUAUCCACAAUCAACUCUCCGAACUUAUACAAGAACCAGAAGUUGCAGACAUCAUUUGUAUCAGUGGCGUUGAUAUAUUACCUCUUCUCGCUGAACGAAGUGGUUGUUGGAAGCUAUGGAUGGCCUUGGAACUGGAGUCUUUAGUAGCAGUCGAAAUUAUUUCCAUCAAAGAUCAUGAGAAACCACGCCAUGUUACCCUUCGAGACAUAUUGAGUCAAUUCUGUGUCUAUAAGAUGCAUGGCGCUCCACUACCACCAUCAUCACAUUCUUUCGAAGGCUCCGAUAGCACGAAUGAUUAUGACGAUCCAGAGAUAUCAUCAGCUGAGGUCUUUGAUAUGCCACAUCAUGAUUUCGAUGGAAUUUGGGAGGAGCAAGUCCUAGAAUACUUCAAUUUCUGUGCGGGAGCCGGGCCCGUAAAGAAGAGAAUGAGUCCCAUGGCUCUGUUUCAUGGUCCUCCAGGAACCGGAAAGACAACUUUAUGCCAAGCAAUUGCACAACGAAUAGCCAUUCGAUUGGUGGAGACAUUUCCACACACGAAACUCAUUCAAGUUAAAACGGCGACGCUCCUGUCCAAGUACUACAGCGAAAGUGCGACCCAAGUCGAUGAUUUGCUCACCAAAGUCAAAGAAAUGUGUCAAAACGAACCAAGACGUAUCAUCAUUGUAUUGAUUGAUGAGGUCGAAUCUAUUGCCGUAUCCAGACACUCGGGUAUCAUUCAUGGAGAAGCUCAGGACUCACUGCGAGCUACCAAUGCUCUACUCACUGGUUUUGAUAGGGUCAGAUCUUGUCCAAAUGUCUUAUUCCUGUCGACUUCAAACAUGAUCGAUUGCCUUGACGAAGCAUUCGUCGAUAGAUGCGCUAUUCAGAUUCCGUUUCAGCCACCCUCCGAAGAAGCUCAAUACAAGAUCUUGAAGGCAAGUGUGCUAGAGCUUGUGAGGAGACGUAUCAUCGUAGCCGAUGUAUCGGAACUCAUAGAUCACACGCAAUUGUUACAAUCCUGGCAAGAGGCCACGCUCUAUUCAGACGUUCAGACCGAUUCUCCUACGGGCAAGUUGCUCAACAUCAUCAGACAAUUGAACUCUACAACGGCGAAGGGGAAACUCGGUGUAUCUGGCCGAUUUUUGACGCAGGUACCGGAACAAGCCCUGAUGAAGUGUGCCAGACCAAAUAAAACGUUUACGCUGGAUGUCGCUUUGGACUGCAUUAAAAUUUUUGUUAAGGAUCUCUUGAGUGCACGAGGUCAGAAACGAAAGUCGGAAGUAGAAGCAGAACCAGACGCAAAGCACCAUUGUUGCUGUUGUGCGAAAAAAAGGAUGAGAGAUUUCUAA